AUGCUCACCGUGCAUUGGAGGGACAGUGACGGCCGGCUCAAGUACCUGGAGUUUGUAGAGGCUAUUAUGCCAUCCAACUACCCUUCAUCCCGAAGUUGUACCGACCCACUGGCUGCUGUACGCAGUCUUCCAUGGACCUACACUUUGCGCUUGCUCCGUGGACACCUCAUCGAUCGAUUGCUGCUCACACUCAGCCGCACUCAGUGGCAGCAACAGCAGGCUGGCGCGUCCUACGAGGUGCAGCACGCUACGCAGCAACAGCUCCAACAGCGGCUUAUUACGCCGGCAGUGGCAGGGGUCCUGAAUUCACAGAUUGACACUGAGAGGAGACUUGAGUAUUUGAGGGAGAAGUUAGCAUUGAAAUCUGACUUCAAUCUACUGCAAUUCUGGGGGCUCUUCGACACUGAAGGGAGGGGGUAUGCGACAGCCUUGCACGUACAAGACGCCUUCAACGCUGUUGGACUGAAUAUCUCCCUUACGCAAGCACGUCUUUUUGCUGGUAAACUGAACAGUGAUUCGGAGCCUCGCUUGAGAUAUGCCGACAUGGCGAAGGCGUUUCUCCCUACGAAAGCGAGAUAUGCCGAAGCUAUGAUCAACCGUACUAGCAAUGGGAGUCACAAAUGCCCAGCGCCUCUCACUCACUUGGCCCCUGAAACGCUCGAAAUCGUUGCCGCUAUCUUCGACCUCACUCUUGCGUCCGAAGAGCAGGCCGAGCUAUCGAGGCACCGCCUUUGUUUGAAGGAUCUUUCAGCUGCAUUCCGUGACCUCGACAAGAAUGGAGACGGCUAUAUUACAGCUGCCGAGUUCUCAUCUUCCCUAAUGGCCCAUGGGUUUUGCCCCUCAGAGGCUGAGCUGAAUGCACUUGUCAACCGUUACGAUAAGAACGGGGACAGCAAAGUUUCUUAUGCCGAGUUUGUCAACGAGAUCGGACGCACGAGAUGCCCGAUCGGUUGCUGUCGGCUUAUUUGCCUCUGCCGCUAA